AAGGGGCCGGCCGGAAGCGUGCGCUGCUUAUUCGGAUCCGCAGAGAGGGGAAGGCAGCUGGGAAGAAGGAAGAUGGCGCCGAUGCGGCUGCUGGUCGGGGUGAAGCGGGUGAUCGACUACGCGGUGAAGAUUAGGGUGAAGCCAGAUCGCACUGGGGUUGUGACAGACGGAGUGAAGCAUUCCAUGAACCCUUUCUGUGAGAUUGCAGUGGAGGAAGCCGUACGUCUAAAGGAGAAGAAACAUGCCAAUGAGGUGGUGGUGGUUAGCUGUGGCCCACAACAGUGCCAGGAAACUAUCCGCACAGCCUUGGCUAUGGGGGCAGACAGGGGGAUCCAUGUGGAGGUGACAGGGAAGGACUAUGAGACCCUGGGCCCUCUGCAGGUCUCCAAGAUCAUGGCAGCCCUGGCCAAGAAGGAGGAGGCCGACCUGAUCCUACUCGGCAAGCAGGCGAUCGAUGGAGACUGGAAUCAGACUGGACAGAUGACUGCUGCCUUGCUUGACUGGCCACAGGGCACCUUUGCCUCAGAGGUGAAGGUAGAAGAUAAGAACUUGACAGUGACACGUGAAGUGGAUGGAGGUUUGGAGACCAUCUCCCUCAAACUGCCAGCUGUUGUAACCUCUGACCUGCGGCUGAAUGAGCCACGUUACGCCACCCUCCCCAACAUCAUGAAAGCCAAGAAGAAGAAGAUUGACAAGAUCAGCCCCAAAGACCUGGGCGUGGACAUCUCCAGUAAGCUGCAGACGUUGAGUGUAGAAGAUCCCCCUCAGCGCACAGCAGGGGUCAAGGUGGAGACCGCCGAGCAGCUCGUCAGCAAGCUGAAGGAAAUUGGCCGGAUAUGAGGGGGCGGAGGGUUGACUGAUGGUUGCUGGGAAGUGCCCAACCCUCACGGCUGUGCCUCGAUCUCCUGGUCUCCGAUGGGUGUGCAGAAUGGCUGCUUCCUGCCCAGGACAAAUUAGCGAAUUGCUGAAUGGCCUCUGGAGGGCUUGGUCAAUCCUUACUGAGCAGUGCCUGGGACACAAUGAAUAAAUCUAAUCUCUUUUCCUCACAA